AUGAAUAAUGAAGGACUUUAUAACCAACCUGUUGUAAUCGACAAUGGUACUGGGGUGCUGAAAGUUGGGUUUGUAGGUGAUGAUAAGCCUAAAUGUUUUCAACAUAACAUAGUGGGUACACCUAAGUUUGAUAAAGUGAUGAUUGGAGGAUUAGAUGAUAAUAUGUACAUAGGAAAUAAGGCACAAGAAAAUAGAGGUUUGCUGAGGUUAAGACAUCCAAUGGAACAUGGUGAGGUAAAACAUUGGGAUGAAAUGGAGGCGGUAUGGAAACAUACUUUAUUGCAUGAUUUAAAUAUUCAACAUAUCGAAGAGCAUCCAAUUUUAAUUACAGAAGCACCUCUCAAUAGUAGUAAAAAUAGAGAACAUAUGUGUGAAAUACUAUUUGAAUCCUUUAAUAUUCCUGCCAUACACGUCGAAAAUCCAGCAGUUUUGGCAUUGUAUUCAGGAGGUAGAACUACUGGAUGUGUCAUUGACUGCGGUGAAGGAUAUUGCAGUGCAGUGCCAAUAUAUGAAGGGUUUGCUUUGACACCAUCAAUACGGAGGAUAGAUAUUGGUGGAAGGGAAAUCACCGAGCAAUUACAGUUUCAAAUUAGAAAAAGUGUAGGCAUGUCUUUGUUCUCUAGUAAUGAAAAGGAAAUUGUCAGGACUAUUAAAGAGAGAGCAUGCUAUGUGGCUGAUGAUAUUUCUAAGGAAGAACAUAAAUAUAUUUUGGACUCUGAAAGUAAUAGUUCCAAAUUUAAAUUACCGGACGGGAAGUCUUUAAGUAUUGGAAAUGUUAGAUUUAGAGCAACAGAGCUUUUAUUCAACCCCAGACUUAUUGGCUGCGAGAGCGACAGUGUUCCAGAAAUUGUAUUUCAAACUCUUUCCAGAGUUGACAUAGAUUUAAGACCUAUGUUGUACAAAAGUUUAGUGCUGAACGGUGGUACUACCGUUCUUCCGGGAUUUGGGAAUAGAAUACUAAAAGAAUUACAAAUUUUGACUAAACAAGAUACCAAAUUAAGAAUAAUUGCAUCACCUGAAAGAAAGUACACCACUUGGAUUGGUGGUUCGAUUCUAGCAGGGCUAUCUACGUUUCAAAAAAUCCUAGUUACAAAAAGUAAUUGGAACGAAGAUAGGUCAAGAGUAUAUUCAAGUUUUUAA